CCAGCAUCCCCCACUCGGCCAGCAUCGGCAUCGGCUUCCUCGGGCGUCGCCACACGCCAGCCAAAAUUCCCCAACUCGCGUCGCCACUCUGCCUAUCUCCUCGUCGCCCCCAACCCAAAACCCAACCCCCAGGCUCCAGCGGAACCCCGGCGAUGGCAGGCUCCGGGGCGGACGCGGAGCAGGAGCAGAAGCGGGCGGCGGCGGCGGCGUACGACUACGAGGGCGACGCGCGCUGGUCCGACUACUGGUCCAACGUCCUCGUCCCUCCGAACCUCGCCUCCCGCCCCGAUGUCGUCGACCACUUCAAGCGCAAGUUCUACCAGCGAUACAUCGACCGUGAUCUGGUAGUCGAGCCGAUGUCAUCCACCGGUUCCAGUCAGCCGAGCAGGCCAGAUGUAAGGUCUUCACCCUCUCCAUCCAACGAGAAUCUCAGGGCUCGUAACUCAGGAUCUACUUCAAGGUCAGCGCCACCGCCACCAGCACAAACAGACAGUGCUGUCAACCCUUUACGAUUUGAUGCGCGGACUAUACAUUUCUCCAUUAAUGCCUGGGUACUUGUAGUUGCUUUUCUGGGAAUGCUUCCAAUUUUGCCAAAACACCUUGCUGACAGAGCUUGCAAACUUUCAUUACUGGGAACAAUAUUCUCCUCGGGAUAUUCUCUAUACAGUACUUAUGGGAAACCAAGAGCGUGGAACAUGCCAGCAAUUCAGGCUUGGUUGCAGUCUGUACUUGCAACCAAGGAUUUUAUCCAUUUGAUGUUCUCUUCUAUGUUCUUCACAUCUCAAUUGCACUUAAAGAUUGCUGCACUACCUGUGCUUUGCUGGGCACUUGAUCAUGUUGCCAGAUUCCUAAGGCGUAAUUUCAACCGAUCCUCUUUCUAUAGGAGAUACUUGGAAGAACCUUGUCUUUGGGUAGAGACAAACAAUACUACACUGAGUCUCCUUAGUUCCAAUGCUGAAAUCGCCUUGGGUUUUCUUCUGAUCAUAUCAUUGUUCUCGUGGCGUCGUAGCAUAAUUCAGACAUUCAUGUACUGGCAGGUGUUGAAGCUGAUGUACCAUGCUCCUGUGACAUCCAGCUAUCACCAGAGUGCCUGGGCGAAAAUUGGGAGGGUUGUGAAUCCAUACAUCCACCGCUAUGCCCCGUUCCUCCAGACACCCAUUUCUGCGAUCCAGAGAUGGUGGUUCAGGUAGAGAUAUGCGGGAAAAUUAUAUGCUGCUAUGCGGGAAAAUUAUAUGCUGCUAAAUCGUUGAGCCACUCCGGUGGUUUGAGACAGACAGACAAAUGUAGCAUGCCGUUGUGUAACGCAGCAGUGCACCCUUUGCAAUGUGGAUUUGCGGGAUGACUGAUAUCCCAAAUUCUGGAGGGUGCUUAUGGUAACAAGAAGAGCGUUGUAUGCCUGUAAACUCUAACAGGUGGUGUACCUUGGUGCAGGGAUGGCCAUGUGUGUGUGCUGGAUACAAUCUCUUCCUGAUUAAGCUAACUUAAUUACAUCCCGCGCCUUUGCAUUAUCCA